AUGUUCGCCCCCAAGUACCUCCUCGUCGCCUUCGCCUUGUUCGCCAGCCUCGUCUCCGCAGCACCCAUCGCUGAAUACUCCGAUGAGGGAGAGUUGGCUGCUCGUGAGCCUCUCCCUAACCUCAAGCACCUAGCCCAAGCUGUUGGUGUUGCCCGAAAAAUAAGAACGGCGAUUAAGCCUAAGCCUAACGGCGCCGUCUUCUGGAGUGGAACAAAGACGACCAAGAAGGGCAAAGAAGUGUCUGUCAAAGCGGAUGCUACAAAAUUCGCCAAGAAGCACGGCAAAGAGACACUUAAUAUGGCUCUCAAGAAGCACGGCGUCAAGAUCCCCACCGAGAAGCAGAACCCACACUCGCCGCGUCUCUGGAACAUCGCUUCGAAACUCAUGGCUCAGCGCGCAAAGGGAGAGACGCACGCCGUGCUCGGAAGUAAAGUCCGCCCGGGGAGCGUCUGGAAUAAGAUCGAGAAACCGACACUCAUGAAGAACAAGAAGGUCACCAAAGUCACCGAACACAACGCAGCCACCAAGAAGAAGACCGUUACGAAGGGCAAGAAGUAA